UCUCACUUUCUCUCUCACUCCCAAGAGUACCCUUCCUUCACAGUCUCUCACUAGAAUCGCUAUCCUCUUCUUCUUCUUCUUCUUCAUUUCUCUCUCUAAAUCUCAGUGAGUGAACUCGCUACUCAGUCAUCGAAAAUGCGUGAGAUCCUUCACAUCCAAGGAGGUCAAUGCGGGAACCAGAUCGGAGCCAAGUUCUGGGAAGUCGUUUGCGCCGAGCACGGCAUCGACUCCACCGGAAGGUACCAGGGGAACAAUGAGCUCCAACUCGAGCGAGUCAAUGUCUACUACAACGAAGCGAGUUGCGGACGCUUCGUUCCUCGCGCUGUGCUCAUGGAUCUGGAGCCUGGGACCAUGGACAGCGUCAGAUCUGGACCGUACGGACAGAUCUUCCGGCCCGAUAACUUCGUCUUCGGGCAGUCCGGUGCCGGAAACAACUGGGCCAAGGGUCACUACACUGAAGGUGCUGAGUUGAUUGACUCUGUUCUAGAUGUUGUGAGGAAGGAGGCUGAGAACUGUGACUGCUUACAAGGGUUUCAGGUUUGCCACUCAUUGGGAGGUGGAACUGGAUCAGGAAUGGGAACCCUUCUCAUUUCAAAGAUCAGAGAAGAAUACCCAGACCGAAUGAUGCUCACUUUCUCUGUGUUCCCGUCCCCGAAGGUGUCUGACACUGUGGUUGAACCUUACAAUGCGACACUCUCUGUUCACCAGCUUGUUGAGAAUGCAGAUGAGUGUAUGGUAUUGGACAAUGAAGCUCUGUAUGACAUUUGCUUCCGCACACUCAAGCUUACCACGCCAAGCUUUGGAGACCUGAAUCACUUGAUUUCUGCAACCAUGAGUGGGGUGACUUGCUGCCUUCGCUUUCCUGGUCAACUCAACUCUGAUCUCCGCAAGCUUGCUGUUAAUCUUAUUCCAUUCCCUCGUUUGCACUUUUUCAUGGUUGGGUUUGCCCCUCUUACAUCUCGUGGUUCCCAGCAAUACCGUGCUCUAACUGUUCCAGAGCUCACUCAACAAAUGUGGGAUGCCAAGAAUAUGAUGUGUGCUGCUGAUCCUCGACAUGGGAGGUAUUUGACUGCUUCAGCAAUGUUCCGGGGCAAGAUGAGCACGAAGGAAGUUGAUGAACAGAUGAUUAAUGUCCAAAACAAGAACUCGUCAUACUUUGUUGAGUGGAUCCCCAACAAUGUCAAGUCAACUGUUUGUGACAUCCCACCUACUGGUCUGAAAAUGGCAUCAACAUUCAUUGGUAACUCCACUUCAAUUCAGGAAAUGUUCCGGAGGGUGAGUGAGCAAUUCACAGCUAUGUUCCGUAGAAAGGCUUUCUUGCAUUGGUACACAGGAGAGGGAAUGGAUGAGAUGGAGUUUACAGAAGCAGAAAGCAACAUGAAUGAUCUGGUCUCUGAGUACCAGCAGUACCAAGAUGCCACAGCAGAUGAAGAGGGAUACGAGUAUGAAGAUGAGGAGGAACUUCAGCCGGAAGACUAGGUCAUUUUGUGUCGGUUGGGUUUGUUACAUUUUUACGUUGUGGGUUUAUUAUAUGUUUUUGUUUCCUGAAUACCUUAUUUGGGUUUGGAUUGCUAAGUGCGGGCCAGUCUGUGCUGGUGCAUGUUUGGUUUCAGUGUAGUAGUUAGAUAUUAGAGGCCUAAAGGAUUUGUUUACUUUCAAAUAUUGAAGAAUGGCUAUCAUAUCAGGGUGUUAGUUUUAAAAAAUUGAAUGCUAAUUCUCAUGGGUAAUGCUAGACAAUGUUCCGUCUUUGUUAUUAUUAUUAUUAUUUUUCAA